AGGGCUUCCUGUAUGCUGCUGCCGCCGUGUCCAUGGCCCUCACCCCUAAGCUGCCACUGCAGCAGUCACUGUGGCAGCCAGAGUUUUAGUCCAUUCUGUGCCCCCUGGACAGUGCUGGCAAGGCCGAGCAAGAGGCUUUCACAUCUCGACACCUAGAAGAGUAGGGAAGGAGUGUCCCCGGGCAGAGGACCAUGUUGCGCCGCAAGCCCUCCAACGCCAGUGACAAGGAGCCCACUCAGAAGAGAAAGCUGUCACUUCAGCGCUCCAGCAGUUUCAAGGAUUUUGCCAAAUCCAAACCCAGCUCCCCAGUAGUGAGCGAGAAGGAAUUUAAUCUGGAUGAUAAUAUUCCAGAAGAUGACUCAAGUGUCCCUACCCAAGAGGAUGCUGGGAAAAGUAGCAAAAAGCUGGGAAAGAAGUGGAAGGCCGUGAUUUCCCGAACCAUGAACAGGAAGAUGGGCAAGAUGAUGGUUAAGGCUCUGUCAGAGGAGAUGGGAGACACUCUGGAGGAGGGCUCAGCCUCCCCAACAUCUCCAGACUGCAGCCUGGACAGCCCUGGCCCUGAAAAGAUGGCACUGCUCUUUUCUGAGCAAGAGGAAGGUGAGCUCCCAGCACUCAGCCGCCAAGCAUCCACAGGCAGUGAGCUCUGCAGCCCCAGCCCAGGCUCUGGCAGCUUUGGGGAAGAACCACCUGCCCCCCAGUACACAGGACCCUUCUGUGGCAGAGCCCGAGUCCAUACCGACUUUACUCCCAGCCCUUAUGACCACGACUCACUGAAACUACAGAAAGGUGAUGUGAUCCAGAUAAUUGAAAAGCCGCCUGUGGGCACAUGGUUGGGCCUGCUCAAUGGCAGGCUGGGCUCUUUCAAGUUCAUCUACGUGGAUGUGCUGCCUGAGGAGGCUGUGGGGCCUGCCCGCCCCAGCCGCCGACAGAGCAAGGGCAAGAGGCCCAAGCCCAAGACUCUACAUGAGCUGCUGGAGCGCAUUGGUCUGGAGGAGCACACAUCCACCCUGCUGCUCAAUGGCUACCAAACACUGGAAGACUUCAAGGAGCUGCGGGAAACACAUCUCAAUGAGCUAAACAUCACAGACCCACAGCACCGGGCUAAGCUGCUCACUGCUGCAGAGCUGCUGCUGGAUUAUGACACUGGCAGCGAGGAGGCAGAAGAAGGCACCGAUAGCAGCCAGGAACCAGUGGUGCACACCGUGUCAGAUCCCAAGUGGGACAUUCCACGCGACUCAGGCUGCUUCGAGGGCUCAGAGAGUGGGCGUGAUGAGGCGGAGCUGGCGGGUGCUGAGGAGCAGCUGCAGAGCCUCUCCCUGGCUGGGGCACCAUGAGCAGAGGUGGUGGUGGGCCAAGGCUGGGCCCAAGCAGCACAGGCAGCGGGGAGGGGCCCCGGCUUCCUGAGGUGGCCUGGGCUGGACGACUGGCAGAGGACUGGUGCCUAGCCUGGCUCUGCUCCCCUUCACUCCCCACAUGGCACAUAGGGCCACAGCAGCUGGCCAGAGCCCUGCAGGCUUGGCUGAAGUGGAUAAGGAGCCGCUGAAGGCAUAUCACACCUGCCAAGCCCCCUUUCUCCACCAGCUACUGACAGUAGAGACCGCUCUGGCCAUGGCUACAGCAAGUGGGGCACUGAGAGGUCACCACACUCAUUUCCCUCACCACCAAGGCCUCUAAAUCCUCCUCAUCCCCACCGUACCUUCCCCUGUAGCACUGCUCCUGAAAAGGAGGCAAAGUGUUUCAGAUCAGUGUCAGGACUGUGAGGAAGCUGGCCAUUUAAAAAUAUUCUAAUUGAUCACGGAUAAAUCCAGAUUGUCCUCAAUAAGGUUUGAAGAAAGCCAUAUGCACCUUUCCUACUUUCCUUCUCCUUAACUUUCUGGGAGAUUUGGCCACUAAAUCACUAGGUGAGGUUAAUCAAGUGCCUUCACCAAUCUGGGUUUAGACCUGGCCUAGAUUAGAAUGGAUAGGUGCUGAGGGCCUUGCCAACUCUGACAUUCUGUGACAUUAAGUGUCUGCUCUCCUGUUACCUGUGGCCCAGGAUACCAGUAGGGUUUACUGAGGGGGCUUGAGGGGCAUUGGGCUCCCAAAUUAAAUGCUUCCACCUGCUCAUCAAUUCUAUAUCUUUGUACAUAACUCAGGCCAAGCUGUGACUUCCUCCAGCUUAAGACAAUGCCCAUACCUCAUAUAAUGUGCACCCUCUCUUUCUACCCCUGACCCCCUCAAAUGACACUUCCCUCAAGGCUGAUGGCAGAUGGUCAGACCUGGCUUCCAAGAAUAAAAUGGUUCCUCAGAAACCAGGUGCAGAUUUGGGCCCAGACUUGGCCUCUUGUAUGGGUCUUUACAAACAAGGAAAGUACAAACUAGACAUUAGGGAAUCCAUUACCCCAACUCUGCUUUGCUAAAGGUUUUGGUGUACCCUGAGCUACAGAAGAGGAAGGAUAGCAUCUGUUUUUUUAAACAAACAUUUUUUAAUUAGCUGAUCUUUCCUUUUUUUGAACAGUUUAUUUUUAGAGAGAGGGGAAGGGAAGGAGAGGGAGAGAAAUAUCAAUGUGUGGUUGCCUCUCAUGUGUCCCCCACUGAGAACCUGGCCUGCAACCUAGGCAUGUGCCUUGACUGGGAAUCGAACCACAACCCUUUGGUUCACAGGCCUGUGCUCAAUCCACUGAGUUAUGCCAGCCAGGGCAGAUAGCAUCUAUUGAUGGGGGCCUCCCUUGAUGCCAGCACCAAAUCUGUGCCCUCAAUUCCAGAGUAACAUUUCCCCAGGACCCAACUGGCUCAGGAACAAACAGUACCUACUACAUCUAGGACUACUGGCUUAAUGGACAUGCUUCUGGAUCUACUACCAGGAACUUUGGUAAAGCUAACUUCAGGGGAAGGGCUUAGUGUAAAUAUGAUGGGGGUGGAAUGAGACAGAUUGGCAGCAAUAAACAUAAAUAAGAUUAAAUUACUGUUUACAGUUAUAUUUCUUAUGGAAAGAGGAUUGGGGGGCAGACUAGUUUCUUUCAAAGCUGGACUCAGCAAAAUGUCCUCCAUUGUCCUUUCAAAACCAUCUGUCCCUCCCCUAAAGAUGCUCAGUGCCUUUGACCCUGCUGACCUAAAGCUUCAGUUUGAAGCCCUCGCUAGCUCUGCCUUUCCCACUAACCAGCCACAAUUGGAGCUCAAGCUCUUAGGUCCACAGGCCUUGCUGGAGUCUAACAGUUGGGAGUAGCUAUUUCUCUUUUCCAAGAGCCUUGAAGACCUCUAUCCCAGUGAGGAAGGGCCUGAACUGGGGAUUGUCCAGUUUCCAAGAAGGGGAACUUUACAUUUAGCUGGACCUUUCCUCUGAAACCACCUCUUCUUGGGCCCUACCCUGUGCUCACUUGAAGCCACACCAUCUCCUGGAAUGUAGGAUAGAGACUAGACUCCCUGGCAUCCUUUGUUUCUGCCAGCAUUAACUGCAUGAUGGAGAGCAAACUGGAGUGAAAGCUUCCAUUAGGGUGAAAACAAAGCCACUCUGCUUCUAGGCUUUGUUCUCUGUUGCACUCAUUCCACUGCCAUUAGUGGCUGUGAACCUUAGGAAAUUGUAAGCAUUAUCCUUAUCAAAGAAACAACGAGAGACCCAAAAGAACUCAAAGCCCCAACAGUACGGAAUAAUGGCUGUGAUUGAGUGAGUACUGACACAUUUUCCAGGCACCAAUCACUUUUCAUUUCUUCUCUCAUAUAAUCAUCAUGCUAUCCCCAAGGUAGGUACAAUACCAUCACCUCAGUUACACAGGAGAAAACUGAGCAUGGGGAAGGAUGAAGAAGUUGAGUAGAAAGUUGAGUAGGAGUCUCCUUAGUCUUCUGGAGGUUAAUCUGGCCCUUUGACACCCUUUGACCCAGCCAUUCCCCUCCAAGGAUAUGAUCCACAGAAAGAGCUACACAAGUACACACAGAUAUAUGGAGAAAGACAUUUGUGACAGCUUUGUCUAUAAGACACUGAAAAUAACAUGAAUGGGGAAUUAGUUAGAUCCAUUAUGGUCUGCUCACACAAUGCCAUAGAGUCAUUAAACAUGAUGUUGUAGAAAAAUAUUUAAUGACACACAGAAAAUCAUCAUUUUUAUUGUUUGAUUUUAAAUUUAAAAUUAUACAUAAAAUGUACAAACAUUCUUAUUGUAAAAGAAAUCCAUGCUAUAUCAUGGGGAAGAAGUAAGUGCUGAAAUAUUAUUUAUAGAGUGAUUCCAUUUUUAUUUAAGAAAAGGAAAACAUACAUAAGAAUAAAGACCAAAAAGAUCUGCACUAAAUGGUAACCAGUGAUGAUCUUGUGAGGAGAGUGGGGUGGAACUGAAGGAGACAUGGAGAGAAGUGUUUACUUCCUACAUUCUUGUUUUAUUUCUAUUUCAAAAGUACCUGUUAUUUUAAUGUCUAUUUUAAACAGAAAAAUAUUUUAAUUAAAAAAAAACAACCUUAAAUGAGUAUGCCCAAGCCUCCGGCCUCCAAUUUGGGGUAGUAACAAAGUCAUUAUCUUGCUGCCUUUUGGCACAAGUUUCUGGAAAAAUGGAGAAUAGGGAGUGAAUAAUGCCCAAAGUGUUUAAAUCCCCCCACACCCACACCAAGGGACCUCAUCAGAGGAGAUGCCCAAACUUUUCAAAACCCUGAGUAGGUCUAACUUGGGGAAACAAAAAUAUCAGAAAAAGUCAGACUGAGAAGAGUAUGUUUUGAACUCCUCCACUGGUCUGGGGAGGGGCUCUGAGUGGCAAAUUCAGAGUUAUCAGGCCCCAGUUUGGUCUGUAUGCUGAAUAUGGGCUCAAAGUAGGGAGUUCUGCUAGGACUGUAAUGAUUGCAGGACUCUGGGUGGGGCAGGUGAAGAGGGGCAUCAACUGCAGGCCUGGGCCCUAAGGGUCAUAAAGGCAGUGCCAGGUAGGGCUAUAGCCCAGGCCUCACUGCUUUUCCUCCAAGCAGGGCUGACAGAACUUCCUUACCAAUCCCAUGGACAUCUAGAAGAUGUCAAGUGACUCCCUGAGCUUAGCAAACCAAGAUCUGACGUCCAAGAUGCAAAGCUGCCACAUACCCACUCACAGCCAGGGAUGUCAGAGGCCCAGGCAGCUCUAGCCUCUCUAGCUCCCCUUGGAAUAAUGGGGGCGGACUGGUUCAAGAGGAUGAUGGGAUUUUUCUUCUGCCCUUGAGUCCUCCUCCAUGGCCUGGAGACAGCAAGUGGAGCUUCUCUAGGGCAGCUGAGGCCUAGUAGUUAGAAGUUAGGGCCCACCUGUGUUCAGUCUUGGCUUUAUCACUCACUUAGCUGGGUCAUUGUGGGUAAGUCUCUUUACCUCAUUUUUCACAUUGAUAAAGUGGGGAUAACAUAAUUAGCCCCUAGAGGUUGUUACGAGGAUUGAAUAAAUUAGAGUAUGUAAAAUACCCAGAAAAUCAAUGUUCAGUGAGUGAUAAUGUGUUAGGUCCCCUAAAUCCUCAAUGCCCUACUAUCUGCAUUUCACUCCCUUCAAGGCCGGUUUCGCCUUGGACCCCAGGUUAGUGUAGUGAUCAAGAGCAAAGGCUUUGAAGUUAAAUUGUAUUCAAAUCCUGGUUUCACCACUUACUAGUUACCUGACUUCAGGUAAUUACACACGUAUAUAUUUCU